UCUGGCCGCUCGUGCGCUCGAUUGUGCCGGCGCCGGAAGUGGCGCGGAGUCGCUGUCGCGUAGUAACGGCCGUCGCCACGGCCCCCCCCCCCCACAGCCCGGGACCCCCCCACGCGGGCCAUGGGCGAGGCGGGCGCGGGCAGCCCGGGGCCGGGGCCGGGGCCGGGGCAGCGGCGGCGGCGGAAGCUGGUGCUGCAUGUGGACGUGAACAACACGGUGGUGGUGGCGGACGCUGUGACCGGGCAGGGCCCGCGCGCCGCCCUCAACGCCUUCCUCAGCGCCGCCGCCUGGGGCCGCCGCGCGCCCGACGGCGCGUGGCAGUGGCUGAGCGAGGCGCCGUCGCUGCGGCCGCCCUGCCCCGGUGCCGUGAGCUACAGCUCGGCGCACGGGCGCGACCCGCGCUUCGCCGACUCGCCGCGGGGCAGCCGGUUCCGGGGCGCGCUGCGGCGGCACCUGCGGCUGCUGGCGUGGCCGGGGCCACCCCACGAGGGGCUGUCGGUGUGUGGCGAGGGCGGGCAGCGCUACCACCUGGUGCUGCCCGCCUUCCUGCGCCUGCUGGAUGAGUUGCACCGUGACGGCCGCCGCUUCGCCGUCGUCUUCCGCACCUUCGGCACUGACCUGCCCCGUGUGCUCCGCGCCCUGCGCUGCGCGCUGCAGGGGCAGCACCCCGGCUUCCCGGCCCUGCGGGGCCUGCCACUCCCUGUGGACAGCAGCGUGGGGCAGAUCCGCUGCAGCGAGCAGGAGGUGGUGCUGUGCCAGGGCCACACCCGGCUCUCGACUCAGGACAACGCGCGGGCACUGUACAGCUUCUUCAGCGCCACAGAAGGGCUCAGUGGCUUCCAGGACCACUUCGACUGGUGGGCCAGAAACCACUUCUCCUGCCAGGGUGGGAAGCCCCUGUGGAUUGACCCCCACGACCCUGACGUUCACCACAUCUGCAUUGAUGACAACAUCCGGCUGGAUGAUUCGGACACCAUUGUCUGCCCCCAGGUGUUUUCAGAGCCAGGGGGCAGCUGCCCCAGGCUGGCACCCACCUCAGAGCUGUAUGGUGUGUGCCUGGUGCAGACCAACCUCCUGGAGGCCAUCGCGGAUGAGGACUACUUCCUCCGCUGCGUGAGACAAUGCGAGGAGAACUACGAGCACUACCUGGCCAGUGCUGGGAACCAGCUGCAGAAUGGCCAGUGAGGGCAAUGAGCCCUGACUGCUGCUGCCUCCAACUGGGUUCUCCCUUCUCCCCAGCCAGGGCGAGGCACGGGCCUCCACGGAGGUGCCCGUACUCCAGGAGCUCACCUGGCUGGCAUCCGCAGGACAUGGAUGCAUUCCCUGAGCCCUGGCAGCAAGAGGGGUGUUUCUCCAUUGCCAUUCGGCCUCCAGAAGGGCUGCUGGGGCGGGCCCUGCUGCAGGGUGCCCCUGGGCCAUGCCUGGUGCCCGCCACUGAUCUCGCACUGGGAUUGUGAGCGCUUCUACAGGGACCCUCCUGUUACGUGUGCACAGCGCCUGGCAUGGAGGGGCGCGGGACUCCGGCUGCAGCGGCCAUAUCUGUAGAGUUAGUGUGGCUCUGCCACAGCCCUGGCAUGGCUGUCUUGCUGUGAAUCCCAUUGCCUGGUGUGACCACGCUGCGCAUGGCUGCCCUUGCUCCCUGCCUGUGCUGCGGUCUGUGCCCCUCCUGUGCAUUCUUAAAUGUGUUUUUAUCUUG